AUGUGUGCUCUGGGCACGCAAUUCGUUUGGCCUUCCGCGGAUCAGAAACUGGAAUCCGAACUGGGAGAGUCGGUCGACCACCUUGGGAUGCGUAUGCAUGAGGCUGCGCAACGCUUAAGCACUUUCAUACCACCCGGUGAGGGUGGAUUGCCGCUCAUACAGCGAUUGUUUCUUGCUGGCGGGUGGUUGAAGAAUCGGGUCGAGGUUACCAGAUCGUGGCAUUUGAUAUGUUCAGCCGUCCGGGAAGCACAGGAGAUCGGUCUACAUAUCGACAGCGCGGCGCAGGAAAUCUCGACGUGUGAACGAGAAGUGAGACGGAGGAUGUGGUACAUAUUAAACAUCUGGGACACGACUUUCUCCGGCUCGUUCGGCAGACCACGCAUCAUACAAGAAUUCGGCCAAGUCCCCCCACCAAACCCCCGUUUCGAACUUGCAGACAGCGUAAGCGAGGAGACAUCUGCGGCAGCAAUCAUCAUUCGCGAGUAUCGACUCUGGGCAUUUCUGUCUGACCCUCUGAGCGAUGCGAACAGCCCGCAUGCCAAGAUUCAAUUCGUCAAUGAUUGGAUCCGUGGCCUGCCAACUGUAUACAGCACCAUCAGGAGCGGUGCGAUCGGCGACGGCGAUCUCUUUGCGAACAAGUUUCGCAGGAUCAAGUUACAUUACUUGUCGGCGGACGAGCAGCGAAUGAUGAAUCAAUCGAGCCGAACUGGAGAUAUUGGUGGUUUUGACGCGACUUUCCCGGCAGGCGAGGAAACCACAGAGGCGAAUCUUUUAGAGUCGUUCUCCCCUUUGGAGUCCAUCGAGCAGCUACUUGUCGGAGAUAACUUUGAGAUGGAAGCGACAGCUCAGGAUGCAGCGGAUUUAGACUUGGGGCUGGUUGGUAUUGGUUAUAAUGGUUCAGGCAUCAUGGCCCUAGAGGAGCAGAUAAACAGUGAUAUUUUCAAUACUACCUGGAGCUGGGAUAAUAUUGAUUAA